UACCAUUUGGAUUUUCAUAAACCCAUAUAUAUUGAAAUGUUUGUCUUCCAUUAGGUACAAAUUUUAAGUACAAAUUCUCCCACAUUAAAAUUCUUCAGGAAUCACAAGCGCUUGCCGGGCUAAGUGAAUUGCAGCCCUGUUUUGAAUGGUUCGGCGAGCACUUCCGGGUCGUCGGCACUGCUCUGCGGCUCCUGCGGCGGCCGAAGAGGUGGUCGGGAAGUGGGUGCUUCCUGCUGGACUGCUGGCUGCUCCGCUUCAGUCCGCUCCGCGGCGGGAAGCGCCUUCCCCACAGGACAUCAAUGCAAGCCUGAAUAAGAAAAACCAACUUCUUCCUCCUAAGCCAUGGCAUAUCAAUUAUACAGAAAUACAACUUUGGGAAACAGUCUCCAGGAGAGCCUUGAUGAGCUCAUACAGUCUCAACAGAUCACCCCCCAACUUGCCCUUCAAGUUCUACUUCAGUUUGAUAAAGCUAUAAAUUCAGCAUUGGCGCAGAGGGUCAGGAACAGAGUCAAUUUCAGGGGCUCUCUAAAUACAUACAGAUUCUGCGAUAACGUGUGGACUUUUGUAUUGAAUGAUGUUGAAUUCAGAGAGGUGACAGAACUUAUUAAAGUGGAUAAAGUGAAAAUUGUAGCCUGUGAUGGUAAAAAUACUGGCUCCAAUACUACAGAAUGAAUAGAAAAAAAUGGCUUUUUUAUGCCAUCUUCUGUUGUUAUUCAUCACUUUUUGAAGAGAAGCAUAGAAGAGACUUUUUUUAUUUAUUCUAGCAUCGCGGAAAUGACUACACUGUGCUAUAUAUACUACCAGAAUUCCAAUAGGAAGAAGCUUAUAACUAUAGCCUCUUACAUUACUUUUUCAGCAUGAAGAAACAGAAGUUUUUUUUAACAACAAACAUUGUUGCCUUCCUAAGAACAUUCUUGAAUAAACUCAUUUUAAAACUCA